AUGGCGAGUUCUAUUGAAGCUGCCGUUGAUAGUGUUAGCUUGAGCGCUUACAGAGAUCAACAGUUUAAGGGCACCGUAACUGAACAAGAAUCCAAAUUAAAAUUGACAUGUACAAUGUACGUUGGCAAUUUAUCCUUCUACACUACUGAAUCUCAAUUAUAUGAAGUGUUUUCUAAAGUUGGUGAUGUGAAGAGAAUUGUAAUGGGACUUGAUCGCUUCAAAAAGACGCCAUGUGGUUUUUGUUUUCUUACAUAUGACACCAGAGAAGAAGCUGAGAUGUGUAUGAGAUACAUAAAUGGUACUAAAAUUGAUGAUAGGAUUAUUAGAACCGAUUGGGACGCAGGAUUUAUAGAAGGUCGACAGUAUGGACGUGGAAGAAGUGGUGGACAGGUUCGUGAUGAAUGUCGGCAAGAUUUUGAUGCAAAUCGCGGUGGUUUUGGACAACUCUUGGCCAAAGGUGGAUUUAGCGAAACAUCUUCGUUGCAUCAUUAG